ACCAAGGUAGCCGCAAGCCUUGGUCGAGAUGAGUUUCCUUCACCGGCGAUGCUCUUCCGACUGCCUUCAUUUCUGAUCGGUGCUACUUCUAAGGUGAGAUCUCUUCGGUGAAGCUCCUUUUCCGGUGACGUAGCUAUUCCGGCGAGCCUUUCACUUGAGAUGAAUUCCCUUUUUCUUUCCAAUGCGAGCCACUCUCGUUGCUUACCGUUGUCUUCGGUCGCCUUUCUCCUUCUGAGGCCCCCUCGUGCACCACCGCCGGCGCCUCCAUCUCCGCCGAAUCCACCGGAACCACCGGAUCCACCGGACUUUCAGAUCUGCUUCACUUUUGUUGAUUCUUGUACCCAGGCGUCGAGCUCCUCUUCACUCCCAGUGUUUGAUUCGCUCGUCCUCAAUCUCUCCUCCGCCAUUUAUGGCUUUCCAUCCUCCCUCUCUCCAUCACCGGGUUUGUGGCGAUCUAAUUUAGCUCAUUCAGAUUUAAUGGGCUUGGAUACUUUUGAGUCUACACUUGUGCUCUCUUGUAGCACCUUUAUCGCUUUGAUGCGAUCUUUUACCGCAGUAUGCGGAUUCUGUCUCGAUUUGUCUAGUUUUGUGUUGACACCUUUACUUUGGCUGAGCGAUUACCAGUUUCGAGUCCAAGCUCCUUCGAUUGACCCCACCGCGACUCUCCCCUCUGUCACCCCUGGAAGUCUUGAUGUCGUCAUAUGCUACCUCGCUCUCUCCGUGAACUCCUGGGAUUGGAUGGGCUUGGUUCAGCCUUGCGUGUCCUCAAGUGACAUGUAUGUUGCCUUCCCGUGUGCCCCGAAUGUUGUAGGCAGCUCGUGGGCCGGAAUCGUCAUGAACUGCGUGUGCCAAAGGAUUCAGAUCGGCUCUCUCUUCAACAGGCAACCCCAGCCCUCAUGGGCUCUCCUCCCCAUCUACAUGACGUCGGAAGGUAUGGUAUUUGUGACCCUUUGGUGUAGAGGGCAUAGGCCUAGUAACAGCCUCUUGUUAGUUCCCAAUUACCUCAGUAUGAGGAUUCAUCAGUUUCAAGUACCUCAGUAUGAGGAUGUUUUCAGAUUUGACCAAAACUUUGCUAGAAUGGUUGUAAUGUCUCUUGAGAGAUGGGUUUUUGGUAGACAUUUUUUGGAGAUUACUGUUUCUGGUUUUGGUAUGGAUUUGACUAGUGCAGGCCCCAGAAGAAGCGUUGGAGUCCUUUGUGUUGUUGAUGGGUUGUGUGUAGGACUAGGCCUCACGGAAGAGGAUGGCUGGGUCAUAAAGUCUCAACCAAUCCAACCAUCAUCACAGAAGGUGGAAGCGUUCUUGAGCUUCUCGGAUGCAGCAUGGUUACAAUCCUCGAUCUGCUGCGGGUUGGGCUGGUGUUUCAUGGACCCACUCAACGGAAAGAUCCACCAUGGAUCUUAUUCAAGACCCUUUGUGUCCUCUGUUCUCGUAACGGAGGCACUAGCUCUCAAGGCAGCUAUCACGGCGGCUUUAGCAUUGGGUGUAUCAAGGCUGGCUUGUAUUUCGGAUUGUCAGGAGCUUGUUCUUCUGCCCAAUACCGGUGGCCACGCAAACGAAGUAGAUGGCAUAUUAGCGGAUUUCUUUCGUUCUAUGUUUAUGUCUAUUUCUGUUCACUUUGUUCCAAGGCAAUUCUCAAAUCACAAAUCUCAUCUUCGAGAUCUGAUCGUGGAAAUGGAGAUCUUCUACUUCGUGGUGUUCGGUGGGUUGGCUGCGAUCGUCGCCGGCUUGGAGCUGAGCAAAUCGAACAAAGACCGCAUUAACACCUCCUCCGCCUUCAACUCCUUCAAGAACAACUAUCUCCUCGUCUACUCUCUCAUGAUGGCUGGGGACUGGUUGCAGGGUCCGUAUGUGUACUAUCUCUACAGCACUUAUGGCUUCGGCAAGGGAGAGAUCGGUCAGCUCUUUAUUGCUGGUUUUGGAUCUUCCAUGUUGUUUGGCACCAUUGUUGGAUCUCUUGCCGACAAACAGGGUCGCAAGCGAGCUUCCAUCACCUACUGCAUUACCUACAUUCUCAGCUGUAUCACCAAACAUUCUCCCCAGUACAAAGUUUUGAUGGUCGGUCGUGUUCUUGGUGGUAUCGCUACUUCUCUCCUUUUCUCUGCCUUCGAAUCCUGGCUUGUCGCUGAGCACAACAAGAGAGGCUUCGAGCAGCAGUGGCUCUCUCUCACUUUCUCCAAGGCUAUCUUCCUCGGUAAUGGAUUAGUCGCCAUCAUUGCUGGCCUCUUUGGCAAUUUCCUUGUCGAUUCUCUCGCCCUCGGUCCUGUUGCUCCUUUCGAUGCUGCUGCUUGCUUCCUUGCUAUUGGUAUGGCCGUUAUUAUUUCAUCUUGGUCCGAAAACUACGGUGAUCCCUCUGAAAACAAAGACCUUCUUACCCAGUUCAAGAACGCUGCAUCUGCCAUUGCUUCUGAUGAGAAGAUCGCAUUGCUUGGUGCCAUACAGUCUCUCUUCGAAGGCUCCAUGUACACCUUUGUGUUUCUCUGGACUCCUGCUUUGAGCCCAAACGAAGAGGACAUUCCACAUGGUUUCAUUUUUGCAACAUUCAUGCUGGCUUCCAUGCUUGGUAGCUCCAUUGCCUCUCGUUUGUUGGCACAUUCGGCUCCAAAAGUAGAGAGCUAUAUGCAGAUCGUAUUUGUGAUAUCUUCUGCAGCUCUAAUGCUUCCUGUUGUAACAAGCUUCUUGGUGGCGCCCUCAGGUGUAAAAGGUGGAAGCAUAUCAUUCUCUGGAUGCAUUCAGUUAAUGGGUUUCUGCACUUUUGAAGCGUGUGUAGGAAUCUUCUGGCCAUCUAUAAUGAAGAUGAGAUCGCAAUACAUUCCAGAGGAAGCUAGAAGCACCAUCAUGAAUUUUUUCCGCAUCCCACUCAACAUCUUUGUCUGCCUUGUAUUGUACAAUGUUGACGCGUUUCCAAUGACCGUGAUGUUUGGAAUGUGCUCUGUAUUCCUUUUUGUGGCCUCUAUAUUGCAGAGGAGGUUGAUGAAUGUAGCCGAGAUCCACAAGUCAAGAUCACAAGAGUGGUCACCAGAAAAGGAGAUGACCUCAGAAGCUGACCCCCUAAACCCAUAAUAACCAAAUCUCUCAUGACAUAAAAAAAGAGGAAACGCCGUUCCGUGUUCUCUUGAUGAUUUUUCUACUUGUCUUAAUACGUUCGUUGGUCAUAAAGUCUUUCCACUUGU